AUGGAUGAUCCAAGGCAAAUAAACACGCCGAUCAGACGCAGAAGAAAUGGCUGCACAGAAUGCCGACGGAAAAAAGUGAAGUGCGAUUUACGUGUCCCGGUCUGUACGAGGUGUAUCCGAUACCCAAGCCAAUGUAAAUACGAAUCGAAAUUUAUCUACAUACAUGGUCAACAACUGGAGGCAUGCAGGAGAGAGAGUAGCACUCCCCAAAAUGUCAUCAAGAAUACCGGGUCUACCAGCCGGGCGGCAUCUAGGACUCUUGUCUCACCACCAUCAUCGCCGCAAUCUCCACGAGAGCCAACACCCCCAAUCCGGCUGGAUAUAUGCCGCAUAGAGAAACCUUCCGUGCCCUCACCAUAUCUCGCCAACGCACACUCCAGGCUAGAAAUGCGCCACCUCAUUGCCAAAACCGCCACAACCGUAUUCCCCUUAGCAUCCAAAAUCUUCAUCGAUAGACUAAUGCUAUCCGCCAUGGGAACACCGCCUCUACUCUAUGCCCUUCUUGCAUCCUUCGGAAGCCAUCAUGCGAGGCGCAUGACAUCUUCCUCAUCCGAAUCCGAGAAGACGACACUCAUAUUCACUAAUCAAGCCAUUUCCGGCCUCAGAGCUGCUCUGGCACAUGAUGAUGCCAGUAAGACACUCAAAGCGGACACACUGAUGACGGCUAUGGCGCUGUGCACGAAUGAUGUGUGUAAUGGGAAUUUGGAUCUGUUUAGGAUGCAUAUGAAAGCGAUUCGGCAGAUGCUGUUGUCGUUUAUCAGGUCGUUGCCGGCGAAUGACAAGAGUCUGAAUGAGGAUUUACUUAAUGUUUAUUUGAUAAAGUGGUUUGCGGCGCUGGACGUCUCGGCUAGUUUGUCGCUGUUUAAUCGGGGUGAACAAUAUGAGCGGGAAGAAGAGGUUGAUGGUAAUACCGCCAAUUACUGGACAAGCCAUAAGAUAUUCAAUCCGUCGGAAGAUGUUGUGGACGAUAUAUGUGGUUACUCGUUGAAUCUGGUUCCCAUAUUUUCAGAAAUCGGAAGUCUGGCCAGGGUUCAGUACGAAAGCCUAUCCAACGGCCGAAUUCACUCCGUGGACGAUCCCUCGGAAUCAAACAUGCACUCCAAAGCCCACAUCCUCGAACUCCGUCUCCAAACCUUGCCAUCCCCGAAAAUCUCAACGGGCAUCUGGACCAACCAACAACACCAACUCGUCGAAGAACUGCGCGACACCCACCCAGCCUUCGUCUACACGGCUCUGUUGCACCUCCAUCGCAGGGUCCAACUCCUGCCCAAAAGCCACCCCAAAGUCCGCAACGACGUCACCAACAUCCUGCGCGUUUUGCAAAACGUGCGACCCUUCUCGCCCGCAAAUGUGCUGCUUAUAUGGCCCCUUUUCAGCGCGGGAUGCGAGACGGACAGCACGCCUGAAAGAGCGGUUAUUGAUGAGAGGAUGUCGAUUAUGCAGUCUCUGGGGAUGGGGAAUUUUACGAGAGGGAGAGAGGCGCUCAAUCGGUUUUGGGAGUCCGGGACGGAGUUGAGGUGGGAUGUUUAUUUAUGUCGGUCUGGGGUUGAUUUGGUCUUAUUCUGA